AUGGCAGGAGUGGCGGCCUGGCUGCCGUUCGCCCGUGCGGCGGCCAUCGGCUGGAUGCCGGUGGCCAGCGCGCCCAUGCCGGUUCCCCCGCAGCAGAAGCAGCGCGGGCAGAACGGGCUCAUCGUGCUGAACGUGAGCGGCACAAAGUUCCAGACGUGGCGGGACACUCUGGAGCGCUACCCCGACACCCUGCUGGGCAGCUCGGAGCGGGACUUCUUCUUCCACGAGGAGACCAGCGAGUACUUCUUCGACCGCGACCCGGACAUCUUCCGGCACAUCCUCAACUUCUACCGCACCGGGAAGCUGCACUACGCCCGGCAGGAGUGCAUCGCCGCCUACGAGGAGGAGCUGGCGUUCUUCGGCAUCAUACCGGAGAUCAUCGGGGACUGCUGCUACGAGGAGUACAAGGACCGGCGGCGGGACAACCAGGAGCGGAUCCAGGACGACGAGGAGAGCGACCAGACCAACGACGUGGUUCCCCCGGACAUGACGUUCCGGGAGACCAUGUGGCGCGCCUUCGAGAACCCGCACACCUCCACCAUGGCGCUGGUCUUCUACUACGUCACCGGUUUCUUCAUCGCGGUGUCGGUGCUCGCCAACGUGGCGGAGACCGUCCCGUGCGGCUCGGCGCCCAACCGGGUCAAGGAGCUGUCGUGCGGGGAGCGGUACGCGCUGGCCUUCUUCUGCCUGGACACGGCGUGCGUCAUGAUCUUCACGGUGGAGUAUCUGCUGCGCAUGCUCGCCGCGCCGAGCCGGUACAAGUUCGUGAAGAGCGUGAUGAGCGUGAUCGACGUGGUGGCCAUCAUGCCGUACUACAUCGGUCUGGUGAUGACCGACAACGAGGACGUGAGCGGCGCCUUCGUCACUCUGCGCGUGUUCAGGGUGUUUCGGAUUUUCAAAUUCUCGCGGCACUCGGCGGGACUUCGCAUCCUCGGCUACACGCUGAAGAGCUGCGCCUCGGAGCUCGGCUUCCUCCUCUUCUCCCUCACCAUGGCCAUCAUCAUCUUCGCCACCGUCAUGUUCUACGCCGAGAAGGGAUCCAGCGCCAGCAAGUUCACCAGCAUCCCCGCCGCCUUCUGGUACACCAUCGUCACCAUGACAACGCUGGGAUAUGGCGACAUGGUCCCAAAGACCAUCUUGGGGAAGAUCUUCGGCUCCAUCUGCUCCCUGAGCGGCGUGCUGGUCAUCGCUCUGCCCGUCCCCGUCAUCGUCUCCAACUUCAGCCGAAUCUACCACCAGAGCCAGCGGGCGGAGAAGAGGCGAGCCCAGAAGAAAACCAAGCUCGCUAGAAUUAGCGCGGUGAAGAGCGGAGGGGCUAACGCUUAUUUGCAGUACAAACACAACCAUCUGCUGAUUGGCCCAGGCGAGGAGGCAUCGAAGGAGGCGGGACAAGCGCUGGUGUGUAAGAUCAACCCAAACUUUGAGAUUCAUCAUCAUCACCUGCUGCACUGCCUGGAGAAAACCACGAAUCACGACUUCGUGGAUGAGAAGGCGUUCGAGGCGAGCUGCAGAGAGGUGACUCUGGUGAAGCAGGUGUCCCGCUCUUCCUCCCUCUCCUCCUCCUCUUCCUCGCCUCACGGCUUCACUUCCUGUUGCUCUCGCAGGAAGAGGAAGAGCUUCAACGUCCCAAACUCCAACAUGGCGGUGGGACUUCAUGGCAGCCUGCAGGAGCUGAGCACCAUCCAGAUCAGAGAGAGACCGCUCAACAACAGUCGCUCCAGUCGUUCCAGCCUCAACGCCAAAUUCGAGGAGACGGUUCCUCUGAACUGUGAGCAGCCGUACAUCACCGCCGCCGCCGCCGUCAUCGCCAUGCCGACGCCGCCCGGCACCACGCCCGAAGGCGACGAAUCCACCAGCUCCACCGACUACUCCCAGGCCAACAUCGUCCGGGUGUCUGCGCUCUAG